AUGCGCUUGCAGAUGUGGAGGCGGACCCGUCCGGCGCGACCGCCCGCGACAGUCCGUCCGCCCGCUCGGAGAACGCCUUCGACGCCGUCUCGCCGCGGAUCCCCAGGUCGCCAGCCCCCAGCGGGCGCGGCCCGGCGGCCGGCGGCGGCCGCGACGCUGCCAGCGAGGCGCCCGAGGCGCCGACGGGGAGCGGCCAUGCGCUGCGUGCUGACGGCCCGCUGUCACCGGGCGCCCGGAGAGCGGCCACUCCCUGCCGCGAAGGACUCCUGGAGGAUGGGAACGGCGCAGUCGAAGCUCAGCAAGCACUCGAAGGUCAGCAAGCGCUCGAGGGUCACGGCGGUGACCAGGAGGACCAGCUUCGGGGAGCGCGCGAAGGUGAACCUGAGCUCGAGGGUCUUCCGGGACUGCCUGGGGCUGCUGCUUUGGCACCUGCGGUGGCCGCUGGUGGGGUGCUUUCUGCCCCUCUGCCUGAUCCUCGGGGGCCUGGCCGUCUGGAGGAUGUCGACGGCGGGUGCAGGUCUGCCCGUGUUCUCCAACGAGACGAACGCCGGCAGGCAGGAGUGGAUCCUGGAUGGCCUCUUCGGGACCUACGACACCGCCGUUCUCGGCGAGGCCAUGGCCUCGUUCCCAUCGACCGCGACGAUCAAGGAGACGUGCCCAGGCGUCAGCGACGACGGCUGCACCACCUGCUCCGGCCACGGGCGAUGCUCGUGGGACGGUGGCCAGUACGCUUGCAGCUGCGAUGCGGGGUGGUUCGGGAUGUCAUGUGCGCUGGGCGCGGAGGCGUACCAGGUGAGCUUCGUGACACCAGACCUGUCGCACGUGGUGGUCUUGUCAGGCCCUGCGAUGACGGCGGCCAUGGCGGCGGUGAGCGACCUGGUGGUCUCGAACGAUGGCGCGACCCCAGCGUCGUGGCAGCUCCAGCUCGGUGACUGGGUGGGUGGCUCGGACUGGGUGGCCCUCUCCGACCUCAGCGGGGACUUCUCGCUGCAGGCGGGCGGCCCGCGCUCCAUCGCCACCCUCACGGCCGCCUUCGACCUCACCGGCAAGCCCGCGGGCUGGCGGGGCGCUGCGACCGCCCGGCUCGUGGGCACGAACUCCCCCGAGCCCGCCUCGAUCGAGCUGCGCGCCGCGGUGGCGCAGAGCCUGUCUCUCUCGAACAUCUCCCUGACGGGCGGGGGCGAGACUUGGGCCCUGGCAGACUUCGACCCCGACGUCGCCGUCUACGACGUCCUCCUGGGCUACGAGCGGGCCAGCGUGCGCGUGGUGCCCUUCUUCUUCGAGGCGGCCUCGGCGGAGGUGCGCGCGGGAGGCCGGCGCCUCUCGGCCAGCGGCGGGGAGGGGGGCGAGGCGCUGCGGAGCGGCGAGAGCUCCGCGCCCGUGGAGCUGGAGGUGCAGGCGCCCGUGGCGGUGACCGUGACGGCGGUGCUGCUCGGGGCCUCCAACACGUACACGCUGAACCUGAUCCGGCAGGCGGCCACGGCCCCAGAGCCGCCGCGGCUGCUGCGCGCGGUAGCCGCCGGGCAGCGGCUCGCCGUGACCUGGGCGCCCCCCGCUUACGACGGCGGCAAGGAGGUCACCGCCUACGAGGUCGUUGCCGUCGCGUCGGGCGGCGCCGCCGCCCUCACCGCCUCGGUGGCGUGCCAGCCCGCGGGUUGCUACGCGCUCUCGGGCUACGACGAGUCCAGCCGUGCGUGCUGCGAGCACGAGCUCGAGGGCCUGGCCGACGGCGAGUCGUACACGGUGAGCGUCAUGGCCGUGAACGACGUCGGCACGAGCGGGGGCUCCUCGCCAGAGAUGUGCGCGGACCCCUCCUGCUUCCCGUGGCUUCCCGUCAUGGCCGGCGGCGGGGCGCCCGCCAUCGGCUCGCAACCCACGGCGACCGUGGUGGCCGAUGGCAAGGUCGAGGUGUCCGUGGCGCCCGAGAGUGUCGACAACGGGGGCGCAGUCCCCCUUUGGUUCGUCUGCACGCCCAGCCCGGGGGCGGCGCUGGGGAGCGCCAGCUCGGAGCCCGGCGCCAUCUCCAUCUCCGAGCUCCCCGUGACCCAGGCGUUCAGCUUCAGCUGCACGGUCACCAACGCUGGUGGGGAGGUGUCGGCAGCGUCUCCUUCCACGCCAGAGAUAAUGCCAACGCUGAUCACUGGAACAACUACCACCAUCACCACCCUCACUUCCAUCACAACGGUGAGCACGUUGACGCAGAUAGCAGUCUCGGGAUCCUUGGACCUGGAGCUCAGCGAUGACAUCGACCCCGACGACGAGGAGGCCUUCAACGCGGCAAUGGCCCAGGCAAUUGCGAACAUGCUGGGGGUUCCAGUCAGCACCGUCCAGAUCACGUCUGCUGGCCGCCGGUUGUCCCAACAGGACCUCGGCGCCAGGACCGUCCAGUUCACCGUGAGCGGCACGACCCGGGACGACCUCAACGAGCAGAUCUCCGGCCUGAGCGCGAGCGACAUGGACUCGCAGGUCAACGCUGCUCUCUCACAGGAGGGCGUAGGCAGCACGGCCCAGGUCGAGAGCUUCGGCGUGGACGCGGCGCCCACGGCUGCUCCAGCGCCCGCGCCGACCGCGGACCCCACACCCCUGGCUCCGACGGCGGCGCCGACGCCUGCUCCAACGCACGAGCCCACGACGAAGACGAGCACGUCGGUGACCGAGAGCACGACGACUUUCUGGUCCGAGACGACAGUGACAGUGUCAACACAGACCUACUCUGGUGAUCAGCCUCCGAGCGCGCCCAGCGUCGUCGCAGCUGUGUCUGGCCCUGGCGAGAUCAACGUCUCGGUCACAGCCUCGCCUGGGAACAAGUGGCCAAUCAGCAGAUUCAUUUGCAACGUCUCUCUGCAAGGCACCGCUGUUCAGACGGAGGAGGUCGCCAACGACGACGGCCGUGCCGACAUCGUCUUCUCGAGCCUCGACGAAGGCUCGAGCUACCAGUUCAGCUGCAUCGCCACCAACGAUGUUGGGGCCUCGGUGCCGUCCGAAAAGAUUUCCGUGACGGCCAUCGGGGUUCCAGCGCCGCCCGUGGUGACCUCCGUCGCAGUCACAGGUGUCGGGGAACUGACCCUGCACCUCUCCCUCUCCAGCACGUCUGCGGCGCCAGUGGAGAGCGCCCGAUGCAGGGCGACGAUGGACGAGGAGCUCCAGGGCGCCGCCCCCGAGGGCGGCCGCGCCGUCACGGUCGCCGGCCUCACGCCCGGCGCCGCCUACCGCUUCGAGUGCAGCGCGGCCAACGGCGCCGGCAGCUCGGCGUUCGGCGCGGCGUCCACGUCCGCGACGGCCGUGGGCGCCCCGCUGGCGCCUGCGGUCGUGUGCCUGACGCCUGGUGCGGGACUGGUGCAG